AUGUCUACCCUCGCCCAACCCAAAUCACGUACCGCUCUGACCCCGCCUGCAACCGUCGAAUGCCAAACCGUAUGGGAGGAAACACCAACAAGACGCCCAGAGGCCGGCGAAGGCGACAUCAUCUCAAUCACCGACAUCAUCAUCAUCGGUCAAGCGUCUCUCUCACAAGCACCGCAUUAUAUGGCAGCGGCGAAGGUCACUUGGGGUCGUUGGGAAGCGAAUUCUGGCUGUACCUACUACCCCGAUCCCCUCAUGGUCAUAAGAUUUAGAUAUUUGAGGAUGAGCGACGCAACGAGGAAUGAGGUUCAAGGGAGAGACUUGGAUAUCGAUGAAGAAAGGAAGUACAAAUGGUAUAACGCUGAGCCAAAGAUUGUCACAGCUGCUGCUGAUCACAACAACUGGAUGCUGAGGAUUGAGUUUGGGGGCGCUAUGGUUACUGACAAUGUGAGCUCUUGCAAGCAGACACGGGAAGUAAAGCUUUGGGGGAAGAGGGUCGUUGGUGAUGAGGAAGUGAAGCUUGGCAGGGCAGGAAAAGACAGACUUCAGAUCGAUUCAAACGUUUUCCUUGCUGAGCUCAGGCCGAAGGAGUCAGGCUCACUUUGCUCGGAUGGAGUUGGGCAUGCAGCUGUACGAUGGCUCGAAAUCAAAACAGUCGACCCUCUGUGGAAUUCAGUCUGA